AGUAGCAGAAAGUGAGGCUGGCAGGCGGCGGCAAAGGAGCAGGCGAGCAGCGGCGGCAGGAAGUCUCUGACCGAAAGGAGCAGAAAUAAGAGCCAGGGAGGGACCGCGACAGCGGCGGCGGCGAGAGCGAAAGAGGAAACUGCAGAAGAGGAAGCUCUGCCGCGGCCCCGAGCCUCCCGCCUAGCGCCCGGCAUCCCCGCGCGCCCCUGCGCCCGCGCCGCGCCCCCGGCGCCCCCUCCCCAGCGCGCCCCCGGCCGCCCCACCGCGCCGCGCCGCGCUCGUCUGCCAUGGCCCGGGAGAACGGCGAGAGCAGCUCAUCCUGGAAAAAGCAAGCCGAAGAUAUUAAGAAGAUCUUCGAGUUCAAGGAGACCCUCGGGACUGGGGCUUUUUCUGAAGUGGUUUUAGCCGAAGAGAAGGCAACUGGAAAACUCUUCGCAGUGAAGUGCAUCCCUAAGAAGGCGCUGAAGGGCAAGGAAAGCAGUAUAGAGAAUGAGAUCGCCGUGCUGAGAAAGAUUAAGCAUGAAAACAUAGUUGCCCUGGAAGACAUUUAUGAAAGCCCAAAUCACCUGUACUUGGUCAUGCAGCUCGUAUCCGGUGGUGAGUUGUUUGAUCGGAUAGUGGAGAAGGGAUUCUACACAGAGAAGGAUGCCAGCACUCUGAUCCGCCAGGUCCUGGAUGCUGUGUACUAUCUGCACAGAAUGGGCAUCGUCCACAGGGACCUCAAGCCUGAAAAUCUGUUGUACUACAGUCAAGAUGAAGAAUCCAAAAUAAUGAUCAGUGACUUUGGAUUGUCAAAAAUGGAGGGCAAAGGAGAUGUGAUGUCCACUGCCUGUGGAACCCCCGGCUAUGUGGCUCCUGAAGUUCUGGCCCAGAAACCUUACAGCAAAGCCGUUGACUGCUGGUCCAUCGGAGUCAUCGCCUACAUCUUGCUCUGUGGCUACCCUCCCUUUUAUGACGAAAACGACUCCAAGCUCUUUGAACAGAUCCUCAAGGCAGAAUAUGAGUUCGACUCUCCCUACUGGGAUGACAUCUCCGACUCUGCAAAAGACUUCAUUCGGAAUCUGAUGGAGAAAGAUCCAAAUAAAAGAUACACGUGUGAGCAGGCAGCUCGGCACCCAUGGAUUGCUGGUGACACGGCCCUCAACAAAAAUAUCCAUGAGUCCGUCAGUGCCCAGAUCCGGAAGAACUUUGCCAAAAGCAAAUGGAGACAAGCAUUUAAUGCCACAGCCGUCGUGAGGCAUAUGAGAAGACUACAUCUCGGCAGCAGCCUGGACAGCUCAAAUGCAGGUGUCUCAAGCAGCCUCAGUCUGGCCAGCCAAAAAGAUUGUCUGGAACCUUCCACGCUCUGUAGUUUCAUUUCCUCUUCGUCAGGGGUCUCAGGAGUUGGAGCCGAGCGGAGACCCAGGCCCACCACUGUGACGACAGUGCACACUGGAAGCAAGUGACCGGCUCUGGAGGUGGGAACCAGGGGGCGGAGCCAGGGAAGGGGAGCCCUGGGCCACCAAGACCCUGCCCUGCCUGGUGCACCUUCCUGCGUAGGACUGGAAGACACAAGUUUUUUUAUGGCCAUAUUUUAUACCGCAAUUCUGAAGUGUUCAUUUCUCACAAACUCUACUGACUCAAGGGGAGCUGAAUUAAUAGGACCUGGUGCUGUAUAUAUGAAUCUUGCAAAGCUCUAACCGAAUGGACCUUCUUCUUCCUCUCCCCCAACUCCACCAUUUCCACUCUCUGCAGCGUAGGCAACCGUCUAGGGUGUAUUUUUUCAUGGAAAAAAUAUGGUUUCAACUGGAUUAUUUAAAUAUUAGUAAAUAUUGUGCAUUAGGAUUUUGUUUUCCUUUUAAGAAGUAUGUGUUCUUGUUCUAUAUCUCUCAGUUACAUGACCUCUAUCGUUUGCUCUUCAAUAGUAAUUUUAUGUUAACCUUUAAGAGAUUUUCCCCCCCUCCGGGGAGAAUUUCAAGGUAUUUUUUAAAAUUCUAAUAAGAGGAUCGAGAAUCUGUCUCUAAGGCUGAGAGUGCACUUUACUUCUCUUUCUCUGGAGGGGCAGUUCUGGGGGGUUGGGGAGGAGCCUGCAGAAAACUUUUCCUCGCAGAUUCUCCAGCAAAACCCACACCAACCACAGCAGAAACCAAGACACCUGCUCCCCAGAGACCCGGGAUCAGCUUCCCAGGCUGACUUUACCAGUCAACGAGAUGUCCACAAUGCCAAGAUUUAGGAGCCUCCCUUACCAAAGGGCAAGCUGCUGUGCUGUUUAAAGUGAACCCAUGUGCACCCUUCUUUUCUCAUGAGGGAAAACCGACGAAACUCUGAUCUCAGCUAUGCAGUUUUAAAAUUAAUCUCUCUUUGUUUUUUAAAGAUGCAUUUCUAAUCUUAUACUUAAAAUGGCCUCCAACACUCACAAGUUGCUUCUCCAUAUUUUUACCCUGUUGGUUUAUGAAUGUUAUCUAAGGGAGGGGAGGAUAACAGUCCUGAAGAAGGAACCAUUUAUCUGGGGUGAUAAGAAGAAGUGACUACCAAGUGCGCAGGACACUGGCCACCCAUGGAAACAUUCAGAGAUGACCUCAGCCAGGCCCUGCGUGUAUGUGAAGGCAUCCCUCUCCUCAGUGGAACCGGAAAUCAAAAAUGCCCCAGUUGGCCUGGUAUGAAGGAUUUCCCAGGAUGUGGAACUCUUAAUGUUAAAACCAGGAAUGUCCAGGGACACUAGGCCACAUUGUGCACCCACGUGGUAGAUAGGUGUGCAGGAGAGAGAGAGCAGUGUGCAACAGAGGGCACACUUUCCCAGGAGGCUCUCUAUAGACCCAGGCAGGUGGCUCCAAAGCCUCCCUCUGCCUUUGUGCCCAUCUAAUGCCCCUGGCUCAAUUCUGCACAGUCAUCCUUGAGCCCACGGAGGGUGUCAGUAGGUCCACCUGAUGGUCUAGUGGCCAUCCCAGCUGAUGGCCUCGCACCCCUCUCCUGUGAAUGGCCAGUCAUGGAAGGUCCUGUUGGGCAAACCAUCUUUGUCACUUCUACACUUUUGCCUACUUUUAGUGCUACACAGCCCUCCCAACACACACACACACACACACAUGCACACACAUACACAGUGUUAUCAGGCUCAGCAGCCCCAGCCUGUCUUCCUAAGGACAUUAGUGCAGGAUAUAGAUGAGCAACUGGGAAGAGGGGCAGCUGGUCUACCUGUUCUACAUGUGUCACAUGCACUCACUGCUUGGCAGGAGUCCUGCUGAGCAUCUGCCACACAAGCGAACGGGGUGAAAAUUUAAGCUUACCCUCUUCAAAAUGUGCAAAAAGUCUAGAAAAAGCCUGUAAAAUGAUAGCAGGCCCAGUUGAAAAUCAAGUGUCAUAUAAACUGGAGAAGCAUCAACCUCUCCCCCUCAGAAAGACAAGGACAUAAGUAUUAUAAACAGUUCUUGAGAAAACUCUAAGAGGUUGAUUAGGAUGUUGCUUACCAAUAAGUGUCACAGAAACAUUCAGGUUCAUACAGUAUAAGAAAAAAGUAAAUAGAAAUUUACUGGGCAUCAGAUAAUCAGCCUGAGUUUGGUACCUGUAAUGUGCGUAGAGUUGUUUUUUUUUGUUUGUUUGUUUGUUUGUUUGUUUUUGUUUUUUGCUGUGUGCUACACACAGCAUUUGUGUUUAGAAAGCAACAUUUAAAACCAGGUUCUGUUAUUGGUGAUGAAAAUAGUUUCUGGAGCUGAUAUCUGAGAUGCAUGUUAUAUUCAGUUAUUUAAAAGUAUCUUGUACCUGAAAAAUGCAGAACAGGUGAAGGGUGAGCCUGUGCAGGUACCUUCUGAGCUGUCUGGGUCAGUACUUGGCCCUUGGAGUGUCAGGUCCCAAUAACAGUGCAAGAUGGAGACUGGUUUGGGCCCAGUAGUAGAUUCUGCUGAUCAUGACAUCAGGAAGCAUCACUGUCUUGAUGCCACUGGACUUAGGUUAUUUUCCAUUGUUUUAGAAAGAUGGGGAAGUAAAUACCAUAUGGAAGAGUCUGCCCUUUUGAGAGAGCCCUUGGGAUAAAAAGACAAAGGUUCUCUUCCAACCACUUGGCAUUAUUUAUGUUUUAUGAGGAAACAAGAAGAGGAUGCAGAGUAGACCUUUGCUUACAGCCUCACAAAUGGAAUGGCAAAGCCCCCCACUGAUGUCAGUUCCACUAGGAUUAACUGAGCAUUUCAUACUCUCACCCAGAAUGCUCAGCUGAGCCAUGGGUAGACACACAGGCCCCAUUUCUGGCUUUUUUCUUGACCCCCAAGUCCCCCAUUUGGUCUUUCACCUUCUCUGUGCAAAUGAAUUUAUUUCCCCUCACAUGGAUAUUCAAUUUUGAAUGUGUUCUCGAAUCAUCUUCCCUUCACUGCCUGUCUGUCUCUCUUGACCCCCUAAUCUUCAUCUCCUAAAUGAGGCAUUAGGAGCAGCUGGCAUUCAUCUGGAAUUGAGUGGGUGCUAUGCUCAGGUCCCACAGGCUAUCAGCUUAUCACUCUUCACCAAGGUACCUCUAGAGUCUUGGUAGCUCCCUGCUCUGCAGAGCCUUGCUUUCCAGCAGGGACAGUAUGCUCUGGAGUCCCAGAUUGGGGAGGUCAAGGUAGUUGAGUCUGGGAGGGGCAGGGAUACCUAGGUGAAGUGCACUUCACCACAAAACCCCUGAGGAGAUCGGGUGCUGCCCAGCUAGAGAGACAGAACCCCCAGGGAUGCUUAUGGGAUUGGCAAUAACCAGUGUGUGCUGCUCCUGCCUCCAUGGAAACUAGAAAAGACAAUAUCGCCCUUCAUGUCUCCUUUGGAAAGAAAAGAACUAUGCUGAAAGCAUGUCAAAAAUAAAAUAACAGAGCAGGUGUGACAUAGUGUUCUUGACCUUGAUUCCGGUCACUUCUUUAAGAAUCUCACCUCAAAAGCAUGGAGCAGCUCGUGACUUUGAGAGGGUGCCACUCUCCAGCUAGGUCUUAAGGUAGUGUCCAGGGAGCUUGGCCAUCAGGCCUGGGGCAAAAGAAGAUGGCUGUGUCAAAUAGGCAAAAAGGUUUGGCUCUUAGAAAACAUCAGCAUUCUGAUGAACGCAGUCCACAUAGUGAGCCUCGACUUGGUUUACCCAGGACUGAUAUGCUGUCCACCUGUCCACCUUGGUGCCCAGUAUGGCCUGGGUGAAUUAUGCGUGGGAGAGGGGACUUCUCUCCACUUGUGGAAACAGAAAGAAAAGGCCAUAUCCCAGGGAAGAUGGACUCAGUAUUUUAGAGCUUUGGACCCAUGGCCCCUUGGAUCCAGAGGGCCAGGGCUGAAAUAGAUUCUCCAUGCUGGGGAAGCCACACUGGAUCCAUUGCUCCAGAGUCAAAGACAUGAGACCUGGGGCUAGUGCCUCUGCUUCAGCCCCCAACACCCCUUCCUUCCCAUGACCGCCAUAGAUGCACUGCUGGAUAUAAGAAAGAAAGUCAAGGGCCAGCAAAGGGCAGCUCCUCCCAUUUUCAUAAACAGAAAUGUACUCCUUCCCAGGUUUGCACACUUACUCCUGGCAAACGCAGUGAUGGUCCUCUGAUUCAGGCAGUGCACGACCCCUUUGCAUGUUCUACUGAAACAGUACUACUUCCUGUUCUGUCUCCUCAUACACCACAAAGUUUACCUUUUCCUUAAACACAUUCCAGACCAAACACUGUUCAGUUUGUUUCCAAAAGAAAAAAAAAAAAUGUAUAUACCUGUAUGUAACCCACCACCCUUUUGAGGGAGUACCUGGUCCUAGGUUGGGGCUGUGAAUGUACCAGACCUUUGCAAAAGGUGUUCCAAUCCUUUGGUUUGCAGAAUUGAAAAAUGUUGAGAUUGGAAAAACAGUUUAUUUUUUCAAACUGGGGCUUAUCUCCUGAUGGCUCCAAGAAGAUUUGUAUGCAGAUGAGUAAGCUCGAAAACUUCAACUCACUCGGUGGCAGGGAGGUCUAAGGAAGAGGAGAAAGAGGAAGAUAAAAGCCCACACUCCUUCACCAGGUCCCUUCUUGGUGGUCUCAGUGCAUCGUGGUCUGCAGCCCAGGCAUACGCACAGCAGCCGGCCCCGCUGGGAAGUCUGCCCUGCAUGCUGGCCAAGGCCUGGCCUGCCUCCUGCUCCACAUGACAGUCGAUGCCUCCAGAAUCAUCGGGAAGGAGUUAGCCUUUCCCCGACUACCCUGCCUCCUGCAGCAGGAGCAGCACAGCUUGUGGCUCUGGGGGCUCUGCUUUUGCAAAUCCAAAGGCUGUGCAUUUGGAAGCCAAACAUUCAGCAUGUGGUUUUGUGGACAAAGCAAACUGCCAUGGCUUCUCAGUGUCUGUAUCUUUCUACACCAAAGGGACAAACUGUUGCGUUCACCCUUUGUACUAAGGCCGCUUCUGCAUAUGCCGUACUGUUUUUUAACAUUAUUUUUUUGUUUCUGGGGAACUUCUCAUGUGAUUAUUAUGUCUUCUGAUGAUUUGCUGUAUUAUUUUACUUACAGGUGAUUUUAUUUUCUUAUGGACAGGAAAAAAAGAAAAUGAGAGGAGUGUUUGAGGCUUUCAUCACAGAGAUGAGACAUCACUAGGGACUCAACAGCCCCAAACACUAGUUGAAGUGCUUCCCAAAGAAAAAUCUUAGUUUUGCCAGACCAGCCUUCCAGAAGCCCUGCACUUGGGUGGACAGGGCUUUGGCACAGGGUUGUCAGGCUGCAAAAGAGCUAUAGAAGGAAAGAAAUGAGUCCUGUAUCUCUGAAGCCUGCCACUGUCCUUCCAUGGUCUUGGGCUGUUUCAGGGUGACCUGAGAUGCUGUCCAAAUGUCAACAGAAAGGCAGUAACAUGGCAACAGGGUGCUCAUUUUGAAAGACAAGGUGGCAUGUUUCAGAGAACAUUUAUCUUAGUCCCACGUUCAGGUGAGAAGACAUCAAAGGUACACUCUGCCCAGAAUAAACAUUGGAACUAUUUCCAAAUUGGCUUUUGUGGCUACACAUAAUGUAAUUACCCUUCUUUCGGCUCUCCCUCAACAGUGAGCAUGUUUUCCAAAAGCUUACAAUGUCAAACCCAGGAACAUUCCCAUGUCGACUACUACCAGCUUGCGGUGGGUUCAAUUUUCCCAUAAAAACAUGCUUGUCCAAAAGAAGGGAAACUGUGCACUUAUUCCAUGCAUGUAAUAAACUCUGCAAGAAGUUUAACCCCCAUAGGUUUGCGGCAUUGCAAAGUUGUUCAUGGGUCUAUGUAGCAAAUGAUUCUCUGCCUUGACAAUCAUGUAUACAUAUCAAGAUUUCUAUCAUAAUGAUAAUGAGGUUGAUGACUUCUUGUUUUCCUCCAAUAAAGACAAUUAAUCACCUUCAGA